AAAACAAACCAAGCCUCGACACAGUGCUUCGGUUAUAUUUUUGGUGCAUGCCUCGGAGCUUUGGGUAUCGUCGAUUUUAUAGUAGAUGAAGUCCACCAUGACUCAACAAGCUGCUGCUCUUCAAACCUACAAUAAUGAACUUGUCAAGUGUAUUGAAGACCUGUGCUCGAAGCGCGAGGAGCUAAACCGUUUGAUCAAGCAGGAGGAAGCAGAGAAGGAGCAGCUGGAACACGACAUCCGCGUCCUGUCGGAUAAGCUGAGCCGAGUCAACGAAAGCCUGACGCAACGACUCACCACCCGCGCCACCUACGACCGCACCAUCGCCGAGACUGAGGCUGCAUACACCAAGAUCCUGGAGAGUUCACAUUCUCUACUGAGCGUCCUGAAACAGGAGGCAGAAAACCUCAGCAGAGCCACUGAGCUGAGACGGAACCACAAAACUUAACAUGGAGUUGGAACUACAGAUUCACUCAUUUUCGAUUAUAAUCCACUUUGGACGUUUUGCAAUACUGUUCGUAUAUUUAUUUUUAAUGUAUGCAGUUUUUAUGUAAAAUGUAUUGAAAUAAAUAUCUUAUGUCA